UAUGUUUUGUCUUUGUACAGGGUGCUCAAAUAACUAAAGCAUCUCAUUUUGAUUACGAGUUUUUACUUGGACAUAAAAUUGUUUUCAUAUGUGAAGCAAAAGGAGAUCCACAACCAAGAAUUAACUGGUUUAAGGAUGACAUCGAACUCUAUGCACAUCCUUUUAUAAAGAUUACAGAAUGGCAGCUGAAAAACAAACACAUCAAAAGCAAAUUACAGAUAACACCAGCUCGUCAGAUGGAUUCGGGGAUGUACGAAUGUCAAGCCAAUAAUAAAUACUCGAUCGACAGUAGAAGUUUUAAAGCAGAUUUCAGUACAAUUAGUAAAUAAAUUCGAUUUAACGAAAUUAACUUCUGGUAUGUAAUUGGAAGAACAGAGAAUAUGAAUGUUCCUUCAUAUUUUUUAAAAAGAAAUCUGUAUUAAAUAGCUAUUAAUAUCAUGUGCAUUUUAAAUUAUGAAAGUAAUUUUUGAAUUCUAUGUGUAAAAAGAUAUAUUAAUACAUCAAACAUAAUGUUUCAAUUAUAUAUUACUGCACAUCUUAAAGUAUUAAAGUAUU